AACUGAACGUAGAAUGAGAAUGUCAAAUGUCAAUAAAUAAACGUUAAAAAUGGCUGACGAUUCGUCGGCAGAUAUUUCUACGGAUUUUUCAAAAUUAAAGGUGCCAGACUUGAAGAAAGAAUUGAAAUUAAGAGGCUUAAGCACUACUGGAAAUAAAACUGAACUUCUUGAAAGACUACAAUCGACUUUAAAGUCGAAUGAAAAUGUCAGUUCUGAAUCGGUAGAUGAGUUGGAAGAAGAUUUGUUAAAUGAUGAAGAUGAUGAGCACUUGGAGGCUAGUGAAUCUAUACUAGAAAAUGAUUUAGAUGAAGCUCCAGUGCCUACCAAAAGGAAACUAGAUGAAACAAAUGAUAAGGACACUAAAACUGAACCACCUAGAAAAAUUGUAUUGGACAGAAAUAAUAGUACUGGUUCAGACAUAGUGAAAUCAGUUUCAAAAAUCCCUGAAAAAACUUCUGAUGAAGAUAAAACUGAAGACAAAAAGAUAAUUAAGCUUUCAGAAUUAUCUGCAAAAGAGAGGUUAGAGAUGAGAGCUAAGAAAUUUGGAGUUACAGACUUAAGUGUAGAUGCCAAGAGGGCAGUUCGAGCAGAGCGUUUUGCAAGUAAUUCUGCCACUAGUAUUACAUCAUCCACAGUGAAUACAAAUGUAGAUGUUCUCAAACAACGGGCAGCAAGAUUUGGCAUUUCAGGAUCAGGUGUCGUCGUGUCUACUUUAGAUACCAAAGAAAAAAUGGAAAAACGAAAAUUGAGAUUUGGUUCAGAAUCAGGAAACAAUACAAUCUCGGAUGAUGAGAAAGCAAAACUUCGCCUUGAAAGGUUUAAACAACCCGUCACAUGAUUAUUUUAAAAAAAAAUAGAGGUAAAACUUUAGAUGUAGGUAUCAUGCAAAAAAAACUGUAAGAUUUGUUUAUUUUUUAUAAAAUACUGACAUUUA